AUGGAGACCAAAGGCAACCCGAAAGACUCGAUGAAGUCCACCUGGCGUACUGCCAGCAGGGAUACCUGGAGCCUGGGGCACUGGCUCAUUCAUAUACUCAACGCCUACCCUUCAGAACUCGACAAAGAGGUACCGGUGCACUCCAAGAAUGAACCGAUCCCAUUCAUGCCGCAGUGGUCGCUCAACCUCUGGGUUAUCUUCUACUCGUCCCUACCACUGGUGUUUCAUCAGGCCUGGGCAUGGUACACCGGACGCAACCUGGGUCCUUUAGCCACCUUUAAUCUGUAUAUGUUCGCCUUCAAUGCGAUCGUCAUCUACCAGGUACACAUACUCCGGCGACUCGGUCACAAAUACGGCUUCCUAGAUGGCGACAAACAUGAACGAGACGGCGUUCCCGACGUCGGGGUCGGCAAGGUUGUGGCUUCGGUGUACAAAACGACCGGUUCUCGCUUGGCGCUGUCGGUGUACUUCUCCUACCAAACCAGUCAACUUCCCUCACAGAUGAACUGGCACUGGUUACCCGUUGAGGUCGGACUGUACGGCAUCGUGCUCGACUUCUGGUUUUACUGGUACCAUCGCCUCAUGCACGACGUCAGCUUCCUCUGGAAGUAUCACCGCACUCACCACCUGACCAAGCACCCCAACCCUUUGCUCACUGCAUACGCGGAUCACGAGCAGGAGUUCGGCGACAUGGUCGGGGUGCCGAUGAUGACCUACUUCACUCUGCGGCUGCUGGGUCUGCCGAUGGGCUUCUUCGAGUGGUGGAUCUGCCAUGAGUACGUUGUUUUUGCAGAGGUGUUCGGACACAGCGGCCUGCGCCUGCAUCUGACUGUCCCGUCGCCCCUCAGCUGGCUGCUGCAGUGGCUCGAUGCCGAGAUUGUCAUUGAAGAUCAUGACUUGCAUCAUCGGAAGGGGUGGCGGAAGAGUCACAACUACGGCAAGCAGACUCGUCUUUGGGAUCGGAUCUUUGGAACCUGUCAUGAGCGAAUCGAGUCUGUGGCUGAAAAUGUCGAUUAUGUGAAUACUGCCAGGAUGCCAUUGUUCUGA